GAGAAUAAGACUGCACGGACUCCAGAACAACAACACCAGGCACAAGACCGGCAACGAGAGCAUUGCGUUUUCAGAAGAUGCCUCACGCCACAAUGCCCUCGCCCGGGCUCCAGGCGCUGAUACUAUGCGGUCCAGGCGCAUCUCUCGCUACGUUCACAUCGAAUCCGAAGGAGUCUCCCAAGGCCCUGCUACCAAUAGCAAAUCGGCCCAUGGUGUGGUAUCCGAUGGACUGGUGUCAUCGUAUGGGCAUAAAUGACAUCACAUUGGUCACGCCCGCCGAAUCAAAGGCAAAUCUCGAAUCAGCGCUUGCUACCAACCCACACUUGACCAGCUUGCCAUCGCCCAAGGCCAAGGUGGUGGCACCAGAGACGCUCACCCACGACGAAGCGACUGGCCAGCUCCUCUGUCUUCCCGAGAUUCAAAAAGCCAUUACCUCCGACUUCGUCAUCCUGCCUUGCGAUCUGAUCUCGGAACUGGAUGGCACUCGGCUGGUGCAACAAUGGAUGUCGCUGAAUCCUCUCUCCAGCACCCAACAGAAGGGUGGAAUGGCAGUCUUUUAUCCCACGCAAGGUCGGGAUUGGAUCAGUCACAAAAAGGACGAAACGGACUUCAUUUCCACCGUGCCGCUGAAUGCAUCCACAGUUCGGCCACCACAUGGAUCUCUCCGUCCUCAUAUCGAGAGGGUCGUGAACACCAUGCCGACGGACACACUCAACGACAAAGUCGAGGAAGCCAAAGGCGUGUUUGAGCAACGUUGGCAACUCACGGGAAAGUACGGCCGUGUCAAGCUGAAGAUGAAGUACCGCGAUGCCCACGUCUACAUUUUCCCACUCUGGGUCAAAAAGUUCGCAGCUCAGAAUCAUUUCGAGUCUAUCAGCGAGGACGUCUUGGGCUGGUGGGCCAAAUCGCAAUGGCAAAAUGGCUUGGGAGAGAAACUCGGUCUUGAUGAAGUGCUUAAUGAAAGACCACACUUAACCGGGAACAUGGAAGACUCGCAAUUUGCGGAUGACUCUGCAAAUGCCACAACGCAUUCACCCACGAAUGCGCCAGUGUCUACGCAGGAGUCCGCAAUCGGCUUUGCCUCUCGUGUCGGGAAGAACGCAAACAGUGUCAUCAGAACGUCGUCAGUUGAAGUUCCGCCAUUGCUGGCAUAUGUUCAACCACUACCAACACCGACGAGCCCACAAGCUCUCAUUCGUCGCGUGGACACUUCCCAUGCACUACUCAGCAUCUCGCUUCACCUGGCCAAGCAGGAGUCCCAUCAGCUAUCGCACGAGCACAAGGUUCAUCCAUCUGUCAUUCUCGAGCAGCAAGCUCGCAUCAGUCAAGAAGACUCUUUGGUAGCAGAGAACGUCAAGAUUGGCAUGCGCAGCGCCAUCAAAUCGUCCGUCAUUGGAGCCAAUUGCGAGAUUGGCGCGUAUGCACGGAUCACGGGAUGUCUGCUGAUGGAUGGAGUCACUGUCGGAGAUGGCGUCCAGCUGACGGGCUGCAUCAUUGGGAAACGCGCACGGAUUGAGGGUACCGCGCGUCAGGAGAGUGUAGCUCCUGCAGAUGGCGAGAAGAAGAAGGGCAAGAAGCAGCAGGGGGAUGACGACAAUAAGACAACGCUGCAGGACUGUGAGGUCGCUCCUCACUUUGUUGUAGAGGCCGGAACGGAUGCGAAGCGCGAGAAGAUGACCGCAUUUGAGAUGGUCUCCACAGAGGAUGAGGGCGAGGGAGAGGGCGAGGGAGAGGACGAGAAUGAGGAUGAGGACAUGGAAUUGUGAGAUAGGGGUCAGACAGCGCAGACCGUGUCGUGGAGAGCAGCGCCUUGACCGGAAUACAGGGUCGAUCUGACCCUUUCUACCAUACUCCCUCGCUGUAUUG